AUGGCAAAGGACAUUGGUCUUCAGCAUUCAUUGCCCGGCCUUGUUGAUCUACUUCUCGGUGCUGAGUCGACAGUGCGCAAGUACCACACGGUUAUAGAUGAGUACUCUAUGCUGGGCCAAGCAACAUUUGGUUGGAUAGACAGGCGCUGCAAACAGAUAACAGGCUAUAGUGAUCAGCCAUUUGGAGGAAUAUCAUUGAUUUUGACAGGAGACCCAGGGAAGUUUCCACCUGUUUCAGACAAACCCUUUAUCAUGCAAAGCCAAACUAUAUCAAAUUUAUCAGACUUUGCUGAUGCAACUGGAUUAUAUUUCAGCAAUGAUGAAGUUGCAAAGUACAAUCAUGACCAACUCACUAUUGCUACUCCUAUUGCUAAUAACAGUGCACAUCGCACAUCACUAUUAUCAAAGAAAGCCAGUCCGGAUGAAAUAUUUGGUCUAGAACCACUAGUCUUUCUCGCGAAGGGUGCUAAAGUGAUGCUCACAAUGAACUUGUGGGCAAAUGUUGGUCUUUGCAAUGGAGCAACCGGUGUAGUAGUUGACAUUGUAUAUCAGAUAAAAAAGCAUCAGCCACCUGAUUUACCUAUAACAGUUAUUUUCAAAUUUGACAAUUAUAUAGGUCCGUCUAUUAGUGACACAACUCCUGCCUGUGUUCCCAUUUGUCCCGUAACAGUGUCAGCUCAUCUAUCAGAGGGCGUGCAUGAAAGGCAGCAGUUGCCUAUCAAAUUUGCAUGGUCAAUGACUAUCCACAAAAGCCAAGGAAUCACAUUGCCUAAAGCCUGGAUUGAUAUUGGUAAAUCAGAGAAAACUCCUGGUAUCGCCUAUGUUGCUUUAAGCAAUGUGAGUCUUUGAUAAGUCAUGGGCUCUAUCACACAUGAAAACAAAGAUCUUACUGGAUUGAAAUCAUCACUCAGGUUACAAUAUCGUCUAGAUGAAGAAAAUAGACGAACGGUCAGCGGCGCCGUAAUGGCUGCCACGAUUUUGUAAUGUCUGUUAAUACCUUGUCCAUAUACAGUCAUAGCUGACAUAUAUCCGAUAUAAUGUGGCCGUCAAACUUCAACUGGACACACCCUGGCUU